AUGCGCUUCCGACUUCGACCUCCAAAGCAGAGUCAAAGGGUCCUCCCUGUGAAGCCUCCAAAAGGACAUUUCUUCUUUGCGGGCAGGGAGUUCGCCCGCCUGCCCUGGUGGAAGCGACGGAACAUGCGCACCCUCUACAUCUUCAUCGUCAUCCUGAUUCUCACCAAUACCGCAAAUGGCUUUGACGGCUCGAUGAUGAACGGGCUUCAGACCUUGUCCUAUUGGCAAGAAUACUUCAAUCAUCCCCGCGGUUCCAUCCUCGGUCUCUUCAAUGCCUCCAUGAGUCUCGGCUCUUUGAUUGGUCUGUUCAUCGUCCCGUACCUGAUCGACUGGGCCGGCCGAAAGAUCGGGUUGGCUGUGGGCUGUUUGUUCAUGUUGCUCGCCGUCGGCCUGCAGUCCGGUGCCCGGAAUUUCGGCAUGUUUGUCGCGGCCCGUAUUAUCCUCGGCUUUGGAGAUUGUAUCGUCCUGGGAAGUGCGCCUCUCUUGAUUGCUGAGAUAGCUCAUCCUCAGGAUCGGGCCAUCCUCGUCACACUGAGCGGAGCUUCCUACCAUUCGGGAGCAUUCAUAGCCAGCUGGGUGACUCUUGGAACUUUGCAGAUCUCGAGUGACUGGUCAUGGCGAUUGCCCAGUCUACUACAAGCCAUCUGCACCGUGGUCAUUGUUGCCGGUGUGUGGUGGAUGCCCGAGAGCCCUCGUUGGCUGAUGAACAAAGGACGACACGAAGAGGCUCUGGAGAUCCUGGUCAAGUAUCAUGCCGAGGGUGAUCACAACGAUGAGUUUGUGCAGCUCGAGUACUCGGAAAUCAAAGCAGCUAUCGCCCUGGACAAAGAAAUCGGUCACACCGGCUGGGCAGACUUUUUGAGGUCCAAGGGAAACCGCAAGCGGAUUGCUUUGAUUACGGCUCUCGGCUUCUUCAGUCAAUGGAGUGGAAAUGGCCUCAUCUCCUACUACCUCAAGUAUGUCAUGGAUAGCGUUGGUAUCAAGGACGCGCAGACUCAGCUCGGCAUCAAUGCAGGCAUGAAGACAGAGGGCUUGGUCGUCAAUUUUGUCUUUGCCUUUUUCAUUGAUAUUCUCGGCCGACGACCUGUCUAUCUAGUCUCGACGGUGGGUACCUUCGUCGUCUUCAACGCAUGGACUAUUGUAUCUGCCCGUUAUGAACUUGCACCGAACAAAGCGCUCGGCUAUGCGUUUGUCUUCCUGACCUUUCUGUACGGUGUCUUCUAUGAUAUCAAGUCGGGCCUUAUGGCGAACUACACCACGGAGAUCCUCCCUUACGGACUCCGUGCCAAGGGCUUCACCUGGCUCAACUUCUGUGUUACCGCGGCUCUUUUCUUCAAUCAGUACAUCAAUGCCAUUGCCCUGGAUGCUCUGGCUUGGAAGUACUACAUCGUAUACUGUGUGUUCUUGGCGUUCGAAGUGUUUGUGAUUUAUUGUUUCCUCAUCGAGACCCGAUAUACCCCUAUGGAGGAGAUUGCCAAAUAUUUCGACGGGGACGACACCGUCGAUGUCGGUCAAGUUGCUGCUGCGGACUUGAAGGAGAAGGGCAUGUUGGCAUCGGAAGACAAGGGGACUGCUUCUGUUCACAUCGAGAGGAAGGAGUAG